GCAUGUGUGGCUUCGAAGAAGAGGAGAAGAGACUGGGACGGUAAAGGUAGAGAAAAAAAUCCGAGGAACUACUCCUGUUUACAACAACGCAAUGGAGCCCAGAUGGCUAAAUAACUCGCUCGGAGGUAUUUUAUGGACUGGACUCGUCUUAUAUGUCGUAUUCGCCACAGAGCCUGCGUGUGCGAUCGACAUCUACACCGACGCCGAGGUGAUCGUGCAGAAUGGCACCACGGGGGUCCUACGAUGCACCUUUAAGACCAACCAAGUGGUCAGCAGCUUGACCUCGAUGACAUGGACGUUCCAGUCGAGUGAGCCCGACACUCGUUUCUCCAAAUCUCCGACUGUGAUAUUCUAUUUUCUCAAUGGGAAGGGAUUUCCGGGACCAGACGAGUUCAAAGACAGAGUUGAGUUCAUCGGAGACAUCAACAAGAAGGACGUCUCGAUUCAGCUGAACCCGGCUCAGUUCAGCGACAACGGGACCUUCUUCUGCGAUGUGAAGAACCCGCCGGACAUAAUUGGAACGCAGGCUCAGACCAGGCUCAGGGUGGUUCUGAAAGAAUCUCUCCCCCAGAACAACACCACCAUCAUAAUUCUAGCCAUUUGUGGUGCUUUGUUUGUGCUCGUCAUCAUCGCUGUGGCUGCCUGCUUAACCAUGAGGAUUCUCCACAACCGGCAUGAAUACGAAGGAUGCACCACCCCGGAGAGCGCGAGCUCUCAGUCUCUGCGGCCGCAAAAGAAGGCAGAAUCCAACCGAGAGGCUUCCAGGUGUUCCAGCCCCUCAGGUCCACUACAGGGCCCGGUGAUAUACGCCCAGCUGGAUCAUUCAGGAAGUAAAAACUCCUUCCACAAGAUCGAGCCGGUGGUCUACGCUGACAUUUGUAAAAACUGAAGACGGGGACCAAAAGAAACAAAGAAAACACUAAAAAGUUUGAGACCUCCGUUAGCUGCUCACAGGGAGGGUGGGAACCGUUCAACAGGGACAAAACUGGUGUCGUUUCUCUUUUCUCCGUAUUUUGUCCUCUGAACGCAUGAUGCUGUUACAUGAUAGUGUCUUAACGUACUUUGUUGUUACGGCUAAAAAAAAAACCACUCCAUCAUACGAGCCUUUAAAAAAGGAGUUCUCAAGUACAGGGAUCAAAAUAAAAAUAUCAUUCCAACUAAAAAUAUUUAAUUUUGUAAACUUUCUUUAAUCCCCUCUCACUCUGAGAUGCGUUUACAGACCGUUGCACCGACGCCACUAAAUCCACUUUCAUAAACCGUCAACAUCACAUCAGUAGCUGUUUGUUUGGCUGUUUUUUUAUUUUAAUGCACAUUCUUACAACAAAUUUUUGCAUAUUUAUUAAAAUAUAUGUUUAUAUUUUAAAUGAUCUCCAUUAAUUCAUGGUCACUUCAGCCUCCGAUAUCCUGCUUGGUGUUUAUCAAACUUUAAUUUGAUCAUAAAAACCUCUCUUGAACCAGGCACGUGACCUUUUUGACCCUUCAUUUGAGUAGUUGGUCACGUUAGCGUCUGCCUCCUCCAGAUGGAAUCAAUUUCUUCUGUUUAGAUUUAUGCCGGGUGUUUCUAAACUUCUGAUUUCCGCCUUAAAUAGCUGCUAGAAAAAUGUCUUUCUUUUAUUACCAAACUACACAUUAAAAUGUUUUUAGGACCCCUUCCUUUGAAGUGUGCACCAAAAAAAAAUGUUUAUUUUUCUUUAAAUCACAAAAACACACAAACCGUAGGAUUAAUGAUGGAAAUGGACCCGUUAAGUUUUGAUCCUCAUGAAAAGGGUCUGCCGUUCUAAAAAUAACAAUAACAGGUAUAGUUGUUUCCUAGCAGGUGCUAAUGAAAGAAAAACGAGCCUCAGGUCCUGAACAACCAGAGUCUUGCAUAUUUAUUUUUGUUAGCAUGGAGAUGAGUUAUAUUCAUGCGAAUAUUGAGUUUUCUUUUUUGUUCUUUGUCUUUUAAACCUCUCGUGUUUGAAAGUUUUGUUACAUAUCUGCGUUGAUCACAUACUAACUGCCUUCAGAGCUUUUUUGGUUUAGAGACGGAAUAAUUUAAAUGAACUCUGAACCAGAAACGAAAUGAAAAGCUGCAAAGAACAGUCCCAUCCUUGGAAUUAUCUCCCUUAUCAGAAUACAGAAACGUGAAAACAAAAAUCGCCAAAUAUGUACGAAACCUCGGAGCGUGCACAGUGAUUUUUGUGCAAAAAAUAUAAAAAGGUUUUCUUGUUGAGCUGCUCGUUUUGAGUCUUUCUAAUGUGAAAGACGUCGAUCAGAAUAAAAAAAUGUCUUUUUGGUUGAAAGAAGUGACUGAAAAAACCCUGAAACAUGAAGAAAAAUUGAUACCAGUCGAGUAAAAUUUACAAAAAUCUGAAUAAAUGAAAGUUUGGAUUAAACGCAUGUUUUUUUUUUCAUAUUAAUGUACAUGUACUCGGUGCAACAGUCUGUUUUGUCUCCACCGUGGCGCGUUUCCAUAUUGAUUCCAUAUAGACGUAGCUCGGACAUCGCUCGCGGUAACGUUGCAUGCAGUUCUUCUAACAUCCGUGAAGUGAAGUUGGUACUUUUACUCAGCUAGGAGAAGCCGUCCCACGUCGUGUUACUGUGAAUGCUUCCAGCUCACCGUCAAAAAAAAAAAAAAAAAACUCCUGGCAUGUUGUUGUGGUACCCUUUUUACUCCCGUGGAACUUUCACCUCAGUGGAACAAAAAUCCUCUUUAAGUCGUGAUUUUGUUUUUAAGUUAAUGAUUUUAAAUUUUAUUUUUAAAUCAAAUCUCCACCCACUGUCUUUCCCGCUCAUUUUUCUUUUUCUUCACUGCCCUCUAAGGUUGUGACUUUAAAAUUAAUAUAUUCAGUAUUUUUAAUUCAUUUUUGAAAAAAAAAAAAAAAAAGUUCAAUUGAGGUGAAUUUUCUUCUUUUAUAAAAACUGGGAGGUUUUGCUUAAUGAAACAACUUCCAAACACACUGCAUAUAAUUUACUAACACGCAAAACAUAAUACUAAUGUUAUUUUUUAAUCUAUAUUUUAUGUAAAUCUCAGUUUUAUUUUUCUCACUUAUGGGCCAAAUAUCAGAUUUAUUUUCCAGAUACUGUCGAGCUUUAAAUGCAUUCCAGAUGUCAGUUUUUAUUUCCUUUUGUCUUAAAGCAUUUAAAAGCCAAAUUUGUUAUGUAUGUUUGUUUCCAUCGCCUAUGAGGAUGAUUUGUUUUGCAGCUCGUGACUCAGAAUACAGUAACUUUCCACGCCGACCCGUGUUUGUAUUUAAGUUGAACUCAUCGUUUAAAGAUUUUGUGCUGUUUACUGUAACUCAUUCCAGUGUGGUUCGGCUGUGGACGUCCUUCUAGAGGACGCUGGUUUUGCUGUAGAGGUCAAGAAAGUUGCUUUAUUUGUCUUUUAUUUUGUAAAAUCAAACAAACGUGCAGUUUGCUCAGGACUGAUUCAGAAUGAGCCGACUUGAUGAUUUAUUCAGUCAGCAGGUGGGGAAAUAAGAAAAACAGUAUCUCAAAAAAGUUCUAAUUAGAUUUCUUUUUAAUUAAGAACUCAUUAUGUUGCAAAUUAGAAUUUCUUUAAGGAACAAAAACAUCUUGCAACAAGGUUCCCAAGGUUCUUCCCAAAUGUUCUCAAAUUUCUCAUGUGAGCCGAGAUCAAAUUUCCUCUCAGAGAGCCUCUGGAGCUCCUCUCAAACUCUUCUCAGUUUAGUCCCUGUGAGUCAAAAAGUGCUUUGGGAAGGUUUGGAGAACUAAGAAACUAAAUCAGGACCAAAAUAAUAUGAAUCUGACAUUCCGAGCGCAACAAAUCUGCAACGGAAACAAGUAAUUCUAUACAAAUUCCAAAUGAAUCGACACCUUGUGAGUAAAUGGCAUCAAAAGAUUUUGCAAAAAAACAUUAAAAAUUGUCUUAAAGUUCCAAAUCUGUUCAGUUCCAGCUGAAAGUUUACAUGCUCUCUGAAUGUUUAUCCUGGCUUUCGGGCUUUACCAAGAUUUGUUUUCAUUUACAUCCUUCGGAAUCUCCUUUCCAAUCAGCGCGGGUCCAGAUUUGACUUUGUGCCACGUUUCAACACGUUAAAGAACCAAAUAUUAACGUCUAAAAUGUGAUUCUGCCUAUUUCAUGAUCUUUAAUCAAGUUUCAGGAAAAUGUUGUUUUUUUUUUUACGGUGAAUGUGUUAGAAAAGUUUGAGAUUAAAGGGAGGAGAUGAAAUCUGCAGAAACUUGUAACAGAAUGAAAGGAAAUUUAAGGUGAUUGAUCAUUACAAACCUGAAUGUAAAAACUAUAAAACCGUAUCGCUCACAAGAGAUGAUCAAAUAGUUAGAAAAGGUGAUCAUUUAGAAUAAGUCACCAACAUGAGUUGAUGUUCUUAGUUGAGUUUCUAAAGUUGACUGUAUCAUUGGGAUGUCACUGAAAACUAUAAAUGUUACCCGUUUCUGCCAAGUUUUAAUGUUAAAACCUAAAAACAUUAAAAUCUACUGCCUUAAGAGCUGUGAUGCUCAUAAAAAUCCGUAAAAAUUUAGCUCUGGUAAAUUGAUCUAAAAUAACGAUGUGAUUUCUGGAAAUGAUUAAAUGUAAAAACAGUUUUGAUGCAUUUAUUCUCAGUAAACAUAAAUGCAUCUUAGUGGUUUUCAGUGAACUUGAAUGAAGUUUUUUUCUGACCAAAGGAAUCCUGAUUUCAGCUCAUUUUGACUCCACCUGAUGCAGACUCUGUCGUCUUCCAUUUUUCUGUUUUCUUCUUGGUUCCUGUUAUUUUUUUGUUGCCACACAGCAGCAUGCACCUCGACCAAACAGAGAAAAGACCAACCGUGUAUGAUACCAACAAACCACAAACUGCUGGUCGCUUUUCUCCCGAUUGUGACUGCCUGCAGUGUUUAGUGCUGUUGUGAAAAUUGUGACGUAAAAAUUAAACUAUGAGAAACUAUGUUUCCCAGUUAUUCCAAGGAGCUUUUACGUGCAGUUCCUGGGGGUUCGAGCAAACGCAGGAUGAACUGUUCGCCCACGAUGAGUAUGUGCUCGGUGUUUAUUUGAUGGUAAAUAGUCGUUUAAUUGUUUGAUGUGUUCUGUAAAACCUGCACUAUGUCUUGCAUUACGAAGACAACCAUUUCCCUGUGAUUUUGUUGUUUUUAUUUCUCUCUGAACGAUCAUGGCCUCUGUUCUUUAAAACUGGAAUGUUGUACAUUUAGUGCCUUUUUACAUUUCAUCUGCUAACUUGAACAUCUGCUUGAAAUAGAAGAGAAAAGAUUCAUUUAUUUUCUUUUGAUUGUAUUUUUUAUAAGCAUAUCGCCUCUGUAUCCACUGUCUCAAAUUUUAUAUAAAACCUACUUCUGGCCAUA